ACCACCGCCAUGGUCAGAAGAGAUGCCGGCGUCAAUGUUACAUUCGAAUAAUGGAUCUCCAGCCUCCGCUUGUCCAGUGUCGAGUCGCGCCCGCUAAGGCGCGUGGCAGGCAUGUACGCAUACGUUGGUUGUUGAAUGCGCCGUUCCCUUGCUUCAACCGCUUAUUUGUUGUUUGUUUAAAUGCAGCAGGUCGCGCGUCGAUCUUUCCCAUCCUUCGGCUUGAGCAUCCACACCUGGUGACUUGAUAACUGUCAUCCUCUUUCUCUCCUUCUUCUUCAUCCAUUCAUUCUCUUAUUCGUUCCUUACUUUAUUUUAUUGCAUUGUUUACCAUGCGCCUGAACAGCCUGGUUGCUGCGGCCUGGCUCGCCUCGACGGCCGCUGCUGUCGCCGUCAACCCUCUCCCUGCGCCGCGCUCGAUCACCUGGGGCAGCUCAGGCCCGAUUUCCGUGCCAGACGUGCUCGUCCCCAACCUGCCCAACAACCAAAUCGUCGUCGAGGGCUGGUACCGCGCCUGGACCAAGAUCGUCGAGCUGCGAUGGGUGCCUCAGGCCACAGAGGCCCCGAUCGCGAGCUACCCGCCGUUCCCUACAGCUUCUCCCGCUCCCUCUUCUUCAGCUGUUCCCUCUGCUUCCAAGGCGAAGCGCCGCCAGAGCCACAUCGAUACCGUCUCUGUCAAGGUCGCUGAUCUUACUGCUGACUUGCAGGAGGAUGUCGACGAGUCGUACACCAUUGAUAUCAAGGAAUCCUCCUCCACCAUCCAGAUCUCUGCUCAGACCAUCUGGGGUGCGCUCCACGCCUUCACCACCCUGCAGCAGAUCAUCAUCUCCAAUGGCCAUGGUCUGAUUAUCGAGCAGCCCGUCCACAUCGAGGAUUCUCCAAUCUACGCCUGGCGUGGUAUCAUGCUGGAUACCGGCCGUAACUUUAUCUCCGUCCCCAAGAUCAAGGAACAGAUCGACGGCUUGGCGCUAGCCAAGCUGAACGUCUUGCACUGGCAUUUGGAUGACACGCAGUCGUGGCCCGUCGAGAUGAACGUUUUCCCCGAGAUGACCAAGGAUGCAUACUCCCCAUGGCAGAGAUUCUCGCACAACGACAUCAAAGGUGUGGUCGCAUAUGCGCGUGCCCGCGGUGUUCGUGUUCUGCCUGAGGUCGAUAUGCCCGGCCACUCUGCCUCGGGCUGGCAGCAGGUUGACCCCAGCAUUGUUGCUUGCGGCAACUCCUGGUGGUCCAACGAUGUCUGGGCGGCCCACACUGCUGUCGAGCCUAACCCUGGCCAGCUGGAUAUCAUCAACAACAAGACCUACGGUGUCGUCGAGAAGGUCUACAACGAACUGUCCACCCUUUUCACCGACAACUACUUCCACGUCGGCUCUGACGAGCUGCAGCCAAACUGCUACAACUUCAGCUCCUACGUGACUAACUGGUUCGCCCAAGACUCCAGCCGUACAUACAACGACCUUGUCCAAUACUGGGUUGACCACGCCUUCCCCAUCUUCAAGAAGAUCAAGAACCGCAAGCUCGUCGUCUGGGAGGACAUCAUCCUGAACGACCCCCACGCGCCAAACGUGCCCACCAAAGACCUGCUCGUCCAGUCCUGGAACAACGGCCUCACCAACAUUGCCAACCUCACCGCGCGCGGCUACGACGUCAUCGUCUCCUCCUCCGACUUCUUGUACCUCGACUGCGGCUUCGGCGGUUUCGUCACCAACGAUCCCCGUUACGACGUGAUGGUAAACCCGGACGCCGACAACGCCAACUUCAACUACGGCGGAAAUGGCGGCAGCUGGUGCGCACCAUACAAGACGUGGCAGCGCAUCUACGACUACGACUUCACCGCCAACCUGACCGACGCCCAGGCCAAACACGUCAAGGGCUCCAUCGCACCUCUAUGGUCCGAGCAGGUCGACGACACCGUCGUGUCCAGCAAGGUCUGGCCCCGUGCCGCGGCUCUCGCCGAGCUGACCUGGUCGGGCAACAAGGACCCCAAGACCGGCUUGAAGCGCACGACCACUCUGACCCAGCGUCUCCUCAAUUUCCGUGAGUAUCUGGUUGCCAACGGUAUCGGCGCGACUCCUCUCGUGCCCAGGUACUGCUUGAACCACCCGCACGCCUGCGACUUGUACUACGACCAGACUGCGAUUCAUUAACAUGGUUAACUAACUUGAGUUUAUGCUCUAUACAUUAUGAUUCUUCACUGUGUAAAUAGAUUUGACAAUACGAAUUGGUUCACACAACUA